AUGGCAGGCGAUAACUUCCUCCGAACGUGUUUUGAUGACAUGGAUCUGAACAAGGAUGGCUAUAUUACGGAGGAUGACAUGAGAGCCGGUGUUGAGCGCAACAUUUUUGACCCUGUUCUUGCCUUAAUGUUUGUAGGACAUUUCGACAAGAACGGAGAUCGCAAAGUAUCGUACGAGGAGUACAGAGAACGGAUUUUGAUGAUUCCAUUUCAAGCAAUGGAGUAA